AUGCAAACCUCUGUGAAUCUAUCAGUGGGGAUUCCUUACUCAACAACGCUCAAUCUAUUUCCCAAAAACAGAACACUUAUUCCCACUAUCAAAUCACUUCAAUCUAAUCCAUCUCCCAUGGAUCCUCCGAAGAAAGUAGUUGUUUGCGGCGGCGGAGUCAUAGGUGUAUGCACCGCUUACUUUCUCGCCAAGAAAGGCGCCGCCGUCACACUCAUCGAGAAAUCCAACAUCGCAUGCGCCGCUUCCGGCAAAGCCGGCGGAUUCCUCGCCUUAGAUUGGUGCGACGGAGGUCCUAUCGAACAACUUGCUCGCGCAAGCUUCAUUCUCCACCGUUCACUCUCUCAAGAGCUUAACGGUUCACAAUCGUACGGUUACAGAUCGCUCUCAGCUCUCAGCCUCACCGUAACUGAAGAAUCAAAGCGUACUUCGAGUUCUAGUUCUACUUCUGACGCGUUGCCGUCUUGGGUUGAUGGGCCAGCCCGUGGGCCUAAGACGAUUGGGACUAACGAAACUACGGCGCAGGUGCACCCGCAACUCUUUACCCGGACGCUAAUUGAGAACGCCGUGGAGAAACACGGUGUGAAAAUCGUGAUUGGGAAAUUGGAGCGGUUGGAGGUGGGUGGAGGAAGAGUUGGAUCGGUGGUUCUAGAAGGAGGGUUGGUUGUGGAUGCGGAUGCUGUGGUUUUGGCAUUGGGUCCUUGGUCUAGCAAGCUUGAGUUGUUGUCUUCGAGGUUUAGAGUUUCGGGGCUUAAGGCUCAUAGUAUUGUUUUGGAGCCUAGAGAACCCAACGCCAUAACACCCCAUGCUCUUUUUCUCAGCUACAAUGCCUCCAAUAGAAGAACACCUCUUGACCCUGAAGUAUACCCUCGCCCUACAGGGGAGGUGUAUGUGUGUGGGAUGUCAAAGGAGGAAGAAGUACCGGAUAAUCCAGAGGAGAUAAGGGGUGACAAAGAAUCCAUUGAAAUGCUAAAGAGGGUGGCUAAGACUGUGUCAAGCCAUCUUGGGGAAGAAGGAGUGAAGGUGGAGCAAGCAUGCUUUUUGCCGUGUACUGAUGAUGGAGUACCGAUCAUAGGAGAGAUUACUGGGGUGAAGGGGUGUUAUGUAGCGACCGGACAUAGCUGUUGGGGUAUUCUAAAUGGUCCUGCCACUGGAGCUGCUGUUGCUGAGCUUGUUCUCGAUGGUCAUUCUACCAUUGUUGAUCUUGAACAUUUUAGUCCUGCUAGAUUUGCUGGGCGCGCCAAAUCUUAG